GUUUUAAUCCUUUAAGCCAAGGUGUAAAAGUGUUUACAUAUGUACAAUUUUGUCUCCUCCUGUUAAAUUUCUUACAAUCGCUCUUCUCAACGACUAUAAAUGGCGACCUAAACGCAAUGAAUUUGCGAUGAAACUUGCGAUUUGGCUUUUACUAUUUUCUUUAAGUGGAGAUUGUUUCUUUUUGCCGUACUCACCGUGUCCAGAAUUAUUUCGUUACCACUCCGAGUCGAACAUUUGGACUGGCAGGCUAAGAGUAAACAUAACGAAUUUACAAUUUCCAAUUGUCGUCAAAUUGGAGUUAGGGUUGAAAGCAGUUUUAAAAACAAAAUAUGUCGGCUUGAUUGAACUAUCUGAACCAGCUGAAAUCGUCAUAGAAAAAAUAAUUCACAGAGGCGUCAGGGAAAUUCAGUACAUUAUUAGAUUCCCAUUGCCUUUUCCACUACCCAUUUUGAAAGGGAUUUAUUUACAACAUAAAUUGGUUUGCAGUGGUAUUCAAGUUGUUGGUGAUGUGGUUACCAACAUCUACCUAGUGCACAAGUUCCCGACUAAUCCUCGUUUGCGUAAUUAUAAACUAAGUACCACCCCGGGUGAGAUCUGUGGGAAAAGAUCUUCUCAUGUAAGGAACAGGGUUAAAACAUUAAGCAGUUCAGAGGAAUGGCCGUGGUUAGCUGCAAUUCUUAUAAAAAGUAAAAAUUACGCCUAUGGCCUUAAGUUUCAUUGCAGCGGAAAUUUAAUAUCAAAUAUUCACCUAAUUACAGGGCAUUGCAUUAAAACUCAUAAAGAACAAUUUGAAGUGGAUGAUUUCAUAACGUAUUUUGGUAAACACAAUUUGCUGAAGUGGGGAGAACCAAAUUCACAAAUAAGGCAUGUAUCUAAUAUUUAUUUACAUCCAGAUUUCCAAAUUGAACAUUAUGAAGCAGAUUUAGCAAUAGUGCAGUUAUCGACUGCAGUGAUAUUCAACCAAUUUGUAACUCCUGUUUGCUUAUGGCCUGAUUCACAUGCUCUUGAUUCAUUGGAAGGACAAUAUGGAACAGUGGGUGGAUGGGGAAAAGACAUACUAACGAACACUGUUUACAAUGAGCCUAGAAUAUUUAAAAUGUGUAUUUUUAAUCAAGAAGAUUGUAUGAAAAAUAGAAAAGAAUUUAUGUUUGUUACUUCGAACACAACUCUUUGCGCUGGGAUAAAAAAUGGUUACAUCCCCUCAGUCUGUAUAACUUUAAUUUACAAGAAUGCUUCAAUUGCUCUGCAGAAGAAGAAAUAUUACAUUUGAUAACUGCAUGAUAUAAAGUAAAUGAAAAGAAAAGAAAGAAAAACUUUCAGGUAGUGGACCUUGUAAUGGUGACAGCGGAAGUGGAUUAAUGGUUAAGUCCAGGACUGAUAAAAAUGAAGAAAUUUGGGUCCUCCGAGGAAUAGUCAGUCUAUCUCUUGUCGAUGAGUACACUUAUUCAUGUGACCUUUCUAACCUGCAAAUUUUUACCGACGUAGCAAAAUAUAAAAGUUGGAUUUUAAAAAUUAUCAAAUAAAUCAAUUUUCUGUGUGUGUAACAUUAUUAUUUUAAAAAAAUACAAUUUCAACUUAAUCUAACAUGUAUAAAGACCUCCUACCACUAAUAUAAAUAUUAAUUUUUUAAUAGGGUUCAGAUCCAAUAUAAUUGAUCCCAGUUCUUUAUUUAAUUUUUUUUUAAAUUGAUAAAACACUAGAUUUGAAUUAAUAAACAUAUGGUUGUUUCGUUUUA